AUGGGUCGCAGCAUCCCCCGUUCGUUCAAUGCGGGAGAUACGAGUCCCUUCAACCGCCCAUUUGCAAACAGCCCUCCAAUCGCAGAGGCAGCGAUCGCCAGAGAUCUAGCAGACUAUGCCGACGAUGAAGGGUCGACUCUCACAGCCGAUAAUGCUUCCGAUACGUCGACCGUCCGUCCAGCAAACCCGCACUCGCUGACGGGGUCGUAUCGUCGUCCCAGCUUCUUUGCCACCGUUUCUCGUGCGACUGUCGUUCCCCACCGCGUAGAGCAGGAGAAUAUCACGCCCAGAGAACGCGAACAGGCAAUUGAGGAAGAAAGGCGUCUAUUGAGCGAUAACCACAUCAUCGAAGACAACAAAUCAGGCAGUGGUAGUCUACAGCACAAGUUUAGUGGGAUCUUUUCUCGUAGCCGGGAAGCUUCUACGCAUGAGACGGCUUCGCAGAAUGGCCAUUUUGGGGAGUCAAUUGGGAGACAAAGCGCGGAACUGCCGACGGAAACGACUUCCCUUCUGGAUACUGCUCGUGAUGGCCACGGACACGGACACGAGGCUGUUGUCGCUGGUUUGAUUCAUACAACGUGGCAAAGAGAAGCCAAGGUGAUUAGCAAAUAUGCUGCGCCGCUGAUUGUUACGUUUGUUCUUCAGUACUCGUUGACGGUGGCCAGUGUUUUUACCCUGGGGCAUAUGGGUAAAAAGGAAUUGGGAGCAGUCAGUUUGGCCAGUAUGACGGCAAGUAUCACAGGAUAUGCAGUCUAUCAAGGACUCGCUACUAGUUUAGACACUCUAUGUGCCCAAGCCUAUGGAUCCGGAAGAAAGAAGCUGGUGGGCCUGCAAAUGCAAAAGAUGGUCUUCUUUCUCUGGGUUGUCACAGUUCCUAUUUCCGUGCUAUGGUUCUUUGCAGACAGAAUUCUCAUGAAAAUCGUACCAGAGCAAGAGGUUGCUGCGCUGGCUGGUGUCUACCUCAAGGUGCUUAUCUUGGGAGCACCGGGAUAUGCUUCUUUUGAAAUUGGAAAAAGAUAUAUGCAAGCGCAGGGCCUUUUCUCGGCAUCUUUCUAUGUCCUUCUUAUUUGUGCGCCUCUCAAUGCAUUCAUGAAUUGGCUGUUUGUCUGGAAACUUGAGUGGGGAUUCAUUGGUGCACCCAUUGCUGUUUCCAUCACGAACAAUUUAAUGCCUUUAUGCUUAAUCACCUACGCCUGUUUUGUCUCUGGACAUGAGUGUUGGGAUGGUAUCAACAUACGGGCAUUCCGAAACUGGGGCCCAAUGAUAAAACUUGCUCUUCCAGGAUUGUUAAUGGUCGAGGCUGAAUACCUUGCCUUUGAGGUGUUGACUCUCGCAUCGUCACACAUUGAUUCGACUGCUCUCGCGGCGCAAUCCGUCCUUGCUACGAUUUCAUCCUUGACUUUUCAGGUUCCAUUUCCCGUUUCAAUCUCUGGCUCGACUCGUAUCGCAAACCUGAUCGGCGCUGGCCUGCCAGAUUCUGCAAAAAUUUCCGCCAAAGUCACCAUGGCUGGUGCUGUCAUCGUCGGCUUAUUCAACAUGCUCACUCUCUCAUCCCUUCGUUUUUAUAUCCCACGACUGUUUACCUCCGAUGAGGAAGUCAUCGAGCUGAUCGCCAUGGUUCUCCCUCUCUGCGCUGCAUUCCAGCUCUUCGAUGCACUAGCGGCCAACUGCAAUGGUAUCCUGCGUGGGCUCGGACGACAGGAAAUCGGCGGCUACGUUCAAAUAUUCGCCUAUUACGCCGUAGCGAUGCCGAUCAGUUUCGGAACGACUUUCGGGCUGGGCUGGGGACUUCUUGGUCUCUGGACUGGUGUUGCUAUUGCCCUCUGCUUGGUUUCUUUCAUCGAGGGCAUUUUCCUUAGUCAGGCUAAUUGGGAUCGCUCUGUCCAAGAGGCUCAGCAGAGGAAUGCAAUGGCUUGA